AUGGUUACCGCUUCCCGGAUCAAUGGUGCUGAAGAUGAUGACGAGGGGCGAGGAGGGGUCCAAUUCAGUGAGAGGGAUAUGGGUCGGAUAGCACCGGUGGAUCGGGAUGAACUAGAGGUGAAGCAUACUAGGCUGAUGGAGAGGACGGGAGCAUUUGCGAAGCAUAUGGAGAUAGCUGGGCAGAAUGUAUCUGGUGCUGGUCUGGGUGGUGUUAUCCUCUCAAAUUUAACGGUGUGGGCACCUAAUAAAAACCGACGGCCAGCGACCAACUCUACAGGGAGGACGAGUGAGGUUACCUCUAGGAGUGGACCGACGUCGUCGUCGUUGGAAGCGCGCACGCCCGAGGAUGGUGCUGUAGUUGGGGUGCAUCAGAAGGAGGGGGAUUGGUGGCGAUGGUAUGGUACUCGAAUGGAUGGGAAACGUUCGGCGGUGGUCACGGCUAGAAUGCCUUGGGAGUUUUAUGAUAGAGUGGAGACGGAUGAGGAGUAUAAGGCGUAUGAACGACUGUUCACAGAUAGGGCGUCGCUCUCCUCGCAUAGGAGUAAAGAGGCGGGGCUAUGCCCUCGGUGUCAUCGGUCGAGAGUUGCUGUACCGGAGAGUACGAGGGCCCGUUCGCACAGUAUGAAGCUUUAUUAUAGCUCGCCAAGGGAAAGGGCGUUGAAGCCGCUCCCAGUUCGACUGCCAGCUGUAGAGGAGUACCUCAGGAUGAAGGAACCUAGGGGGGAGGGGGAAUUGUUGAAGUUGAAUGAUGCAGAUGUGACGGUGGAGAAGGGCGAGGAGAAGGAGACAUGGACGGACAAAAUAAGGAAGGCCCUUGAUAAGGUGGAAGAGGAGAAGCUGAGGGAGAUGUAUUACCUUGCGAUGGAACCUCGACAGAAGGUGGAUGCACGUGGAGCGAUAUCUGUUAAGGAAUCGCCUGUGGACUCCGUUGCUGAGAGUGGCGGCCUGUCUCCUUCGAGUGAUGUUGAUAGAGGAAGUGCCGCGCUCUCGGCUAAGUCGGGGAAAAACGCGUGUGAUUAUCUGCCCGAAAUAGAGAUGCCGGAGAGGACGGGUCUUGAGGACUCCUCGAUGGGUGAGAGCAUCAUAAAGAGGAUAAUGCAACGUCGAGGGGCUAGGCUGGAUGGAGAGUGUGGUAAAGUGAUGGGAGCUCUGAGGUUUAUGGAGCUAGAUAAGGGCAGGAGUGCGGCACGGAGGUUGCGGCUUGUCGAGGGAGGACUUUGUAGUGAAAGGAGAGGGAUGGGCCAGGGAAAGGCUAAGGCGAUAUGUCGACCUGAAGUGGCUUUGGGUCGAUUACGAUUGGACAACGAGCAGAGCAUGCUGAAGAGCUAUUUUAACUCGGAAAUGCCACGAAGGAGACGACAGUGGUAUGAGAGUACAUUGAAGUGGUUGGAGGGCUUGGUGGGAGUGGAGACCGCAGCAGCAGCAGUCACUACCCAGGGACAGUCAGCGCUUAGUCGGUGUGGUGGCCCGACUUUGAUAUGUACCCCAGCGAUAGUAUAUGUGAUGAAUUACCUGAGAAGGGUGAUUGAAGUGGGAGGGAAUAUCACCUUUGAAACGGUGGUAAAGAAGCUCCUGUGUGGUGUCACAGACGAGGAGCUGAGGGAGAGCGUGGAGUUGAGAGAGAUGGUCGAGGUGUUGGACUGCAUCAUAGAUCCACCUGUGAGGAGUGAGGAUGUUGUCAAUUACGUUAAGGAAAGUCGGCCUGGUUUGGAGGAGGCUUGGCAACCACGAGCGUCGUUGAUUUUAAAGCACCCGUAUUUGAGGGCGCGACUUGAGGGGGAGGUGGCUACGGCGGCUAAGGUGAGGGAGGAGAGAGGGGGAGAGGUCAACAGUAUGCUAGCAAGAGAGGCGUACCCUCCGGGUGGUUGA